AGGUUAUUGAAUGUAUAAAUUUGUUGUACGUUUUUUGAUUAUCAAAAUCAAAAAAAAAUAUAUAUAUCCCUGCUGCUGUACCAGAAUGUUCGGUGAGGCAAUAGAGGAUAGUGCGAAUUGUUCAGUGAAUCGCGAUCGGCAGCUGGAAACCAAUCGCUUGCUCUUCUGGUGUCGGCGACUGAAUAUGAUGCCCGACGAGGUGCAGCAAUUGUCGCUGGAGGAGCUACAGGCCCGCCAUUUGUUGGUGCAGCAAGCGGAAGGAGCUCAUGAGCGGCGCAUGGACCAAUUCAAGCGCUGGCAAAAUCUCAACCAGUUGCGCUGGCUCAUGUACGAGGAACAGCGCAAAUACAAUGAGAAAUGUGGCCAACAGGCGCUGGGCGUCUCCAUCUGGCAGAUAUUGUCCUUGGCACAACAAGAGCUGGAAUCGGAGUUGCAGAUGCCAGAGCUACGCGGCGAUUGUCGACGUUUUCCCUCGCCCAUGUCAGUCAUGGGAACUACCCGAGAACCGGGUAGUAAUGCUAAUAUACUAAAGCCGCUGAGACCCAUAAUCACUGGAUUGAGUUCGAGUGAGCCGUGUAGCGCGUGCCCAGGCAACCAAUUGGCGGAACUGGAGCCAACACGAAUUCCCAGCAAACAAUUUGAAGCCGAAGAGCAACUCCAACUCCAGGAGGAUCAAAUAAUGCAGCAAGAGAAUCUGUUACAAGUAUCAUCCAUUUCUAGAAAUUUCAAUCAAGGUCAUUCUACCAAUGAGAAACAGAGAAGUGUGCAUAGCUACGUGUCCAAUGAUCACCACAAGUGCCAAUGCAACCAAUGGUCGGGUCAGGAACUGACUCCAUUUGUCAGCACACAAUUUAAUGUUGGGAAGAAGAUGUUGCAUAAUGAGAAUCAGCUCCUACACUCACCCUCAAGCUUAAACGGCAUUUCCAACCAAAUGCAUAAUAUUUCGAUUAACAAUGACUACGGUUGUCGGAAAAUACAUGGGAUCUUCGAUGAUUGUCUGUGCCUAGGCAACCGAUUGGCGGAAUUGGAGCCAACGGGAGUUCCCAGCAAACAAUUUGCAGCUGAAGAGGAGCUCCAGCUGAUAGAGCAAAAGGCGAAGGAGGAUGAAAUAAUGCACAAUGAAAAUCUGUUUCAACGAUCAGCCAUUUCUAGAAAUUUAAUGCAAGUUGAUUUUAUCAAUGAGAGACCCAGUAGGGAGGUUAUCUCCGUGUCCAACGAUCGUCCCAAGUGCCAAUGCAACCAAUGUUCGGAACAGGAACAGAAUCGAUUUGUCAGCACACAAUCAAAUACUGGAAAGAAAAUGUUGCGUAAAGAGAAUCAGCUCCUACGAUCAUCCCCAAGCUUCUACGGCAUAUCCAGCUUAAUGCUUUUUGAUUCGAUGGACAGGGACUAUGGUAGUCCGAACAUAUCUGAUUUCUCCGAUGAUCUUAGCAUACGCUACGAGUUGGACGAUAUUAACAGAUCCGUUAAUCAUUGCGAAAGGUUGAUGCACAUGAUAUGCGCACCAUAUAUGGAGUCGAGCCCACAGCACAAUCAAAUGAAUUUCUUGACAAGUAGCCAAAUUAUGAGUAGCGAUGUUUCUUUUUUGAGUAGCGUGAAAACUAAGUCUGAGUCCGAUCCAGAAUCUGAAUUUACAAUUGAUGAAUGGAAGAAUGAAUUAAUAGUGCAUUCAAACUUUCGAUUGUAGUCGUCUAUAUGAUAAUUGAUUAAAU